AUGGACACCCUCGACGAUCCGAGCUCUACCACCACUACUACCGACUACGAUUCAGGUGACAGUGAGGGUGUGGACUACGUGUAUGAAAGCCAAAGGUGUGCCGAGAAGAAAUACGCCAAGCCAAGGGGUCCCAAGAAGAAGUCACCCAAAGCGAAACCACGGGGGGCGGCCAAGUGCGUGUGUGGAGCCGCUCGGAGGGAUGAUGACGGCGAAGUCACAGUCUUCGAAGACGAUACAGACACCGAAGAGGAUCAAGGUCACAGAAGCCGCCGGCCCAAGCCGCGGCCCUCUGGACCGGAUGGGGCUUCGAAAUGCGGCGAAAAGGAGCUGAAGAGAAUCGACAAGAAGGGUGUCGAGAAGAAAUACCACCGAGCCCAGUCACCUUACAUUGAGGAAUACCCUGAUGAGACUCCGCGGCCAUCGGUCCUCCUGAAAGAGCACAAGAUCCCCAGGAGAUUCUCUGCCUCUGACACCUUGCGCACUGGGGACGUUGAAGGGGUUUCGCCGUCGUCGGAUUCCAGGGGUAGAUCACCUGGCAAGCAUCUUCUGCGGGUGUCUCACGGCUCCCCCAAAGCAAGCUCCAGGCGCUCCGGACACCGCAGGCGUCGGCUCAAUUUUCCUAGAGAACACGAAGGUGAAGUCUUCGACUCAGAUGUGGAAGACUUGCAGCCCCAUGCAAAGGGGGUCAACCCCCCUACUGCUCGCCUACACGGCCAUGAGCAGGACGGGGAACUGAUUCCUGUCAUUGCUCGGAGCUCAGUCUGGGCCGACACGCACCAGCCAAAAUACUCUUCAUCGUGGCCACAGCAUGCGGGGACUCACUUGUCCCAGAAGCAGCCGCGCCACCAUCGGAGCCAGGAAACCGACGAGGAAAUCGAGGAGCAUCCUUUCAACAAUAGCAACAACUUUGACGACCACGGUCGUCUGAGACAGGCUCCUGCUGCCUCAUCGCGCAGCAAAGACCGGGACAACAAAGUCCGGGAGAAAGUCGAGGGACAACGCGAAAGAUCUCGUCAGCGUCUCCGCCCAAGAACCAUUGUGAGCCGUUCUAGCAUGGCAACAAUGGACCGUGGCGGUCAAUCUGUUGCCACCGAGCUCUGCGAGGUCUGGUGCGGCCGUCAGGAAGACUGGGAAUCUCCCUAUGUCUCGGGAAUUGGCAGCGACUGCGACGAGUACUACUCGGAUGUCGGCGAGCCCAUGAGGCUCCUACGGCCGGAGGACUUGCCGCCUCGCACUUCCUCCCCAUGCCUCCUCCCCCCACGCGGGGAGAGAAGGGACUUUGGGUUCCAGGUCAUGAGCCGCUCACCUCCCCCUUUUCGGUACGCGAGGGACCCUUCUCCUGCGCCGUGCGCCAGUCUUUACCGGAACCGUGCAUGGCGCGGCCCGGGUCAGUGUUUGCUGCUAGAGGGGCCUCCAGUUCUGACUACCGAGCCGGAUGUGAUGGGGGAGGAGGAAAUGGACGAUUUCCGGGCUCCCUCUCGCGCGUCGAGAUGGUCGAAGCCCGGAUCUUCCAGGGGCUGGACGGAUCCGGGGCCCCCACGGCCACUGUCACGGUCGCGUGCAGUGUCUCCCAUCUUCUCUGCUAGGAAGACACGCGAGUUUCUGUCGCCGAAGCCGACGAGGGCUGCCCGGUUCGAUUUCGGCGCUUGGGGCUGCGAUCGCGCCUCGAGGAGCUCCCUGUCUCUGAGCUUGUUUUAG